UCUUUCUCAAUGUUUUGUCCUCAAAAUAAAUAAAAAUGCAAAUUUGAUUGUAUUAACAUUAGGUUAUACUUCAGUUUUUAAUUAGUACAAAUUUUCUCAAUAUCGAAAAAAAUAAAAUAAAAAAAAAAUAAAAUUAAAAAAUUAAAAAUGAUCAAUCUUAAUUUCAUGAUACAUAUAAUGUCCCCCACCUCCACCCCCACCUCAAAAAAAUGCCACCUUUUUUAGUCCUUCCAUUACUAAUUCAAGGGGAGGACCCCUCUCUUUUAUCCUACUACAUAAAAAGUUCCCAAUUAAUUGAAAUGCACAUUCAAUCAUCCUUGCCUUCUUAGUUCUUGGUACCUCCCCCCUAGCUUCUUCCUAAAAACAAACUUAUAAAUCUUAUUACAAGAUCUACAAAUCCAUUAUAUAUCCCUCUUUUAUUUCAUCCAAAAAAAUAACUCCACUUUAACAAAGUCUCCUACAACUAACUACCAUAUAUACAUAUAUAUAUAUAUAUCCCUUCAUCAAAAACACCAAAAACCCACAUCUUUCAAAGUUUCAAAAACACCAAAAAAAACAUCUUUCAAAGUUUCAAAAACACCCAAAACCAAAAAAAAAUGCCAUCCAUACACUCAAUCCCAUUCAAAAAACUUCAACACCCAUCUUCAUUGAUAUCUCUUCUACGUAACUCAAACCCUAAUUAUGAUUCAAAGUCUAAAAAAUCAACCUCAAAAACAUCCUCCUCAUCAAAAGGUGGACUCUUUAAGAUGUUCAAGCUAUUCCCACUCCUAACCUCUGGUUGCAAGGUGGUGGCUCUACUAGCCAAGUCCCACCACCUUCGGCGGCCGUUGAUAUCGGAUCAUGCCACCAUUAUCACCCUCUUUGGGGCGCGGCGAGGGAAGAUUACCUUAGCUAUCCAAGAGAACCCUCAUAGUAUCCCUAUGUUUGUUGCUGAGCUACCUAUACUUUCUUCCAUUUUCUACAAAGAAAUGUCUUGUGAUAUUCUAAGAGUUGCCCUAGAAAGUGAGAAUAAAACACAUAAAAAGAAGGUUAUGGAAGAGUUUGUAUGGGCUGUUUAUUGUAAUGGUAGGAAGAUGGGUUAUUCCAUUAGAAGGAAACAAAUGUCUGAUGAUGAGUUACAUGUUAUGCAUAUGUUACAUGGUGUAUCAAUGGGUGCUGGAGUGUUGCCACCAUCACCACAUAAUAAUAACUAUCAUCAUGGUCAUGCUCAUCAUGAUCAUGCUCGUGAUCAUCAUCAUGGUCAUGCUCAUGAUCAUCAUGGUCAUGAUCAUGAUGAUGAUGAUGAGAAGAAGGAGAAAGAUGAUGGAGAUCAAUUCACUUAUUUAAGGGCAAGAUUUGAAAGGGUUGUAGGGUCUAAGGAUUCUGAGGCAUUGUAUAUGAUUAAUCCUGAUCAUAGUGAAGGCCCUGAGUUGAGUAUUUUCUUUGUUCGGGGUUCUUUUAAUUAACUGUCUUAUAAGAGACCGUCUUAUUAAUUAGAAAUUAUUUUUUGUUAUGUUUUUUUUAUUGAAAUUAAAGAAUCUUAAUCUUUAAUUUGUUGAUUGGUGAUGAUUACUGAUAUAGAAGCUAGUGUUGUCUCAUAGUUGAUGUAAUUUGAGGUAUGUGAGGAUUAUAUUUGGAUGAAUAUAAUAAGAUCUAGAGAACACU